AUGAGACUUGGAGCGCAAGUGCCGCUUAGAAUACUCCGAACCUCCCGCUCUUUACGUCUCCUCGCCUUUCCACAUCCGUACUUCGCCCGAGCCCUUUGGUUCCAUAUCCCACUGUUCCGUCCUUCAUUCUUCAACUUUCCCCCUUUCGCCCCUUUAUUCUUCCCCGUUUCCCCUGCUCGCUCCUCCCUCGCUCCUCCCUCGCUCCUCCCGCGCUCUCACUCGCUCACCCUCGCUCCCCCUCGCUCACCCUCGCUCACCCUCGCUCCCCUUCGCUCACCCUCGCUCCCCUUCGCUUCCUCCUCGCUCCCCCCUCGCUCCCCCUCGCUCCCCCCUCGCUCCCCCUCGUUCCCUCUCGCUCCCUCUCGCUCCCCCUCGCCCCCCCUCGCAGUACCCCAGCCCUUCAAGGCGUCGCUCCACAUUGUGAGGCUUCGCUCUGCCCCAGCCGUCGGAUCGUACCGAGGAGGAAUCAACGGUUAUCCAGCGACGGCCCCAUCUGCAGCUGCAUCAAGCAACACCAGCGCAGAUUCACCCCACAACAGCACAGCCCACCGGCCUAACACCGCCACUGACGCCCCCAACCCCGCUGGGACUGCUACCCCUGGCGCAUCGUCCCAGCCUUCCAUACACGCCAAUGCAUCAUCGUCCCCUGCUUUCUCCGCCGCAGCAGCUGCAGAUGCAGCCAACGGGGAGCAGCAGCGGCGGCGGCAUGAGUGGCGGCAGCAGCGGAGGCAGGGGAAGGUGGACAUAAAGGCGGAGCACGUGCAGCAUUUUGCACGGUUCCUGCGGGAGCAGCAGCAGGCCGUGGCGGCGGAGGUGGGGGUGGCUCCAGACAGCCUAGCGCACCACUUCAGCUACUCCAGCCACGCGUUUGCAGCGCUGCUCACGCCACUACAAGUGUGGCGGCUCUCGCGGCACCCAGCAGUGGCAGCAGUGCAGCGCGGGGACGACCUGCUGUACCCGCAGACCACCGCCUCCUCUCGCUUCCUGCGCCUCCCCUCCACCGCUUGGGUCACUGCUGGGGGCGCGGACGCUGCAGGCGAGGACGUGGUGAUUGGCGUGGCGGACAGCGGUAUCUGGCCCGAGCAUGACAGCUUCAGUAGCAAGGCGGGGGACCUGUACGGGGGGCAGCCAGUGGACUACAAGGGCGUGUGCACAGUGACAAGCGACUUCCCCGCGUGCAACACCAAGGUGCUGGGCGCGCGCUACAUCUACCAGGGCCUCGUCAAGUCCGGCCGGGCCAUCGACCUCACUGUUGACUACCUCUCGCCCCGAGACGUGCUCGGCCAUGGCUCCUGGUGUGCCGGCGCCAGCGAGCCGCCUGCGUACCUGUACCACCCCUCUGCUCUCCCCUUCCCUCCCACCCCCACCUCCUUCCCCCACUCUCCCCCACCGCCCCAUUUCCUCCUGCUUCUCCCUCACACCUCCCCCUUCCACCGCCCUCCCAUUCCCCUUUCCAGGGCAGCAGCGGGCAACCGGUACAUCAAGGCAGUGGGCGGCCCGUUCACACGCCCCCUGGGCGCAGCCAGCGGCAUGGCUCCCCGCGCACGCAUCGCCGUGUACAAAGUCGUGUGGCGCACACAGCUGAUCCCAGGCGUGGGCGGCGUGGACAGGCCGGGGGGAGUGGCGUCGCUGGUGGACGUGGAGGCAGCAGUGGACUACGCCAUUCAGGACAACAUCGACGUGCUGCUCGUGCCGCUCAGCGCCGGGUUCAGCCCCACCGCGUCCUACUUCGACCAUGUUUCUUAUCUCAACGCCUUUGAGGCUGGAGUGACAGUGGUGAAGCCAUCCGGUAACCGUGGGCUCAUGCUGGGAGUGCGCACCAUUGAGAACUACUCGCCCUUCUACCUCACUGUCGGCGCCAGCUCCAUAAGCCGGUCGCUGUCAAUGGACGGAGCACGCAUCAAAGGAUACUUCUCAACUGCCGCCACCACCACCGCCACCUCCCAACACCAACUCGCCUCCACCCCCUCCUCCUCCACAUCCUCGCCUGGCAACGCGUCUCUCUCCCCCGCCUCUGCAACACGUAGGCGGCAGCACGCGUCACUGGCUGCCCUGGCAUCCGCACUGGAGGGCGUGCGGCUGACAGGCGACUGGUCACGCGCGCAGUUCCACCCCAUGGCCCCCGCUGCCUCUGCUGCGCUCUCUGCUGCUGCCAGAAAGAAGGCAUCCCAGUGCAUGCCCAGGUCACUCAACCCGCUGCUGGCGCUGGGCAAGGUGCUGGUGUGCGGGCCUGGAGGCACGACCCGGCAAAAGAAGAUCGCUGCUGCAGCUAGAGCAGGGGCACGAGGUGUCGUGCUCACUAAUGCUGAUGCUGAUGGGGGGGAGGAGGAUGAGGGUGAAGGGGGCGGGGGUGUGGAGGAGGGGAUGGGGGAAGAGGGGGGUAGUGGGGAGGGGAGUGGUGGAUUGGGUGGUGAGGUUGGUGGGAUGUCUAGUGGGGCGAAUGGGGUGAACUCAACCGCACGUGGGUCGGCAGACAGCCUUCGAGGACGAAGCACAGUGGAAGGUGUUGGAGGAGCAGCAGGAGGGGCAAGAGACAUGGCAGCAGCAGGGGGUGGGUUGCCUGUGAUGGAGCUAAAUGCAGAAACGUCAGCACUGCUGGGCAUACGACUGCAAGGACUCAUCAACCUCUUCAGCCCUUUGCUCUGGCUGCGCUUCCUGCAACCACUGCGCCCGCCCGUCAUCGACUCGACCUCCUCCACAGGCCCAGUGGCCCUGCCUCUGGCCCGUCCAGGAGGCUCCCAGCCCACCAACGAUCUGCUCAAGCCCGACCUCAUCGCCCCCGGCGUCAUGCUCUGGGCCGCUGCUCCCGGCGGCGCCCGCACCAACCGCUUCCGCCGCCUCUCUGGGACAUCCAUGGCUGCUGCUCACGUGGCAGGCGUGCUUGCGCUGGUGAUCCAGGAGAACCCGACAUGGCUGCCCGGGAGAGUCAUGUCUGCAGUGUUGACCACGGCCAAGCCCACGAAUGUUUACGGCCGGCCGAUUAGGCUGUGGAAUGGGCUUCAGGCAGAUCCCUGGAUGAUGGGAUCGGGCCAUGUGAACCCCUCAAAAGUGCUCGAUCCAGGGCUCACUUUUGACCUCAUAGCAGCAGAUUUCAAGAACUUGCUUGCGGGGCAGAACUCGAAACGGACGGCCAAGAUCUUUCCGACGGCGACUCUGGAGCCGAUUGAUGCGAUCCAGCUCAACCGGCCGUCCAUCGCGAUCUCCCACUGCGCGGGGACAGUGACGGUAGCGCGCACUGUUACCAACGUGGGCAUCAUUCCUGCUACCUUCGUUGCCAAGGUGAAGGCGCCUUUUCUGACGUUGGUGGAGGUGGUCCCUCCGAGAAUCACGCUGUCUCCUGGCGACUCGUACCGGUUUCUAGUGGUGAUCACAGGGUUGAUUCCAAGGCCCAGAUGGAAUUUCGUGUAUGGGGUUAUCGUUUUGAAGGAUAACUUUAAGCGCAAAGUCAGGAUUCCUAUUACUGUGCAGCCCUCGUUAUUGUAA